GCUCCUCCCAACACAAAUACACUCAAAGGAAACCAGACGAAAACAAGGAAGUAACGAAUAAAAAAAAAGGACGAAGAACUUUGUGUAAACCUUUAAUUUAUUGCCAAAUAAACGCAGAAUUCGACUUGUGAACAUUUUCGUCCCCUAGUCUAUAUUCUUUAUAGUGAAGAAAAAUGAACAACAAAGGUUCAUAUCCACAACAAUCCCUUUAUCCUCAGCAGAGCACAGCACCUGUUUACCCACCUGCUAUGCAAGUCCCUGGUCAGGUGUCCCCAUAUCCAGAUGCCCCUCCUCCAUACUCUGAGGUUUAUCAGCCCAGGUACAUGGCUCCUCCCCCAGCCCCUGGACACAUGCCCCAAAUGACCUCAGCAUACCCUGGUACUCAAAUGUACAUGCCCAUGGCUCAGUCUGUUCCAAUGGGGGCAAUGCACUCCAGCGUUCCCAUGGCAUACUAUCAGAUGGGACCCAUGUAUCCCCCCGGUUCCACCGUCAUGGUGGAAGGUGGAUACGAUGCUGGUGCACGCUUUGGACCUGGCGGCACUGGUACCAUUCCUCCUCCACCUCCUGGACACCUGCCUAAUGCAGCUCAGAUGGCAGCCAUGCAAGGUGCAAAUGUGGUGAUGACACAACGCAAGGGCAACUUUUUCAUGGGCUCCGGUGGAGGUUACACUAUCUGGUAACAUUGAGCAUCAACCUGGGCUUGAACCGAAGCCCUCCUCCUGAGUUCCCAGUCCUUUACCUCCCUAUCCCUCCCCUGCCUCCCCUGGGGCAGCUUGGUUAAGCCACAAUACUGAUUAAACCUAAAGGAAUGUAAUAUGUUAGAGCCCCUUACUCAAGGUACAGUACUCCGCUGUUGAUAUAAUUGUGUGUUCACGCGAUUAUAUAAUGUAUAACACAAUUAUUGUGUAUUCACUAUUAUGUAACUCUUUUCAAAAAUGCAUGAUAAUUGUAGGUUUACAAUCGUAGGUGAUCACGUGCCGUAUGUCAUUGGUUGGCUAAUUUAGAGAGUUGGGAGGGGGAACACAGUCCAUUUUUAGUUUUAUUGAAAUUGAUGUCCCGUUUGUUUAGCUUACAAAUUUUUCUUCUUGAGCCGUUUGUUUUGAUGCCAAGAUUUGUUGGAUCAUCUGAAGUAGCUAUGCACUUGAAACUUCCUUUUUUCAUAUCGUAAUAUUAAGAUACAAUAACCUGAUUAUUCACCCAGAUUAUUAUAAAGAGAUGAGGAAUUAAGGAAAAGAUUAGGAAUCAAGCACUGCAAAUCAAGGAGAAAGAUGUGUUUACAAACUCAAACAAUAGCGGAGUAUUGUACCUUUGGGCGAUCUUAUAUAUAUAUAUUAUCUGGUGCCAAAACUGUACUGCGCACCAUUAUUUAAUAGCAAAGAAAUUACAUAUGAAUGAACCUAAAUGCAGUAAAACGAGAGCGAACAAGACAAACUAUAAACACAUGUGGUUCAGAGAAUAUUUUAUGUUUCGGUCAAUAUUAACCCCUUAAAGUCGGAUACCCAGAGCUGUACAUACAUAGCUGUUUCAUUUAGUUUAGUGUUUGUGUCAGACAGCUUCCUUCUUCACACGUAUAUGUUUUUGCUACUUUAUCAUUUUCCAUAAAGGUAACGUUGUUUACAGAGGUCGGGGCUUUAUUCAAGACCAUGCAUUUUCAGUAUUUUACACUUUGGCACAUUUAGCAUUUUUCUAAUGUUGGUUUUUUUGGGGGGAGCUGCUUGUACCAAAGAUCUUGACUAGAAUGCACUAGAUGCUUUUUUGCUUCACUCACAGUUUGUCUGCACACAGAUUCAUACAGAAAUACACAAACAUAUCAUAUUUAGGGGAAGGUGAUUGCUUUGUAGGUAUUGUACACAAAGCAUAGCUGUGUAUUUAAAAUGGGGGGGGAUAACACGUAUAACAUGUUGCUUAAUUGUAUCUUGAUGUUUUUGCAUGCACUUUCAUUCAGUUUUGUUCUUAAUAAAGAAUUGAGUUUUUAGAAGUACCAAAUAUGUUAAUUUAUGUGACCAGUCAAUCUGUUCAAAUUUGUUUUAGUUACUUAUGCAUUGAUCAUUUUACAAUAGUAAAGUAAUACUUAAAAUAUACCAGCUGGUGUUCAGAGGAGAAACUGUUGGGUCCUGUUUUUUUUUUUUGGGUACAAAGUUUGACUCCCUUUAAAUCUCAGUUUUUAUUUAUCUGGAAAAGAUUAGACCACCAUCUUCCUCAUUUCCGUGUAAUGAUCUUCAAAGCAGCUGCUUCGACAUGAAACUUUGCAUGACUUCUGUAGCAGUUACCUGUAUUUGUAUUAGACGUGAUUUAAAUGCUGCUUAUUUUGCUAGAUAAUAUUAAUGGGAAAGGCUUAGAAAUGCUCUUUUUAAUAUAUUCACAUAUUUCAAUCGUUUUUAACUAAAAAAGGAAAUGUGCCAAACAGGCACAUUUUUAGGAUUUUUAUGUAUCAUGUGCAUCACUGGGUAUCCGACAUCAGUUCUAAAGGUUUUGCCCUUAUAUGUAAACAAGCAAAGACAUCAUUCAAGUUACUUGAACGUCUCUUUGCCAACGAGGAGGAAACUCUCUUCAUCAGUCAAUGCAAUGUGAUGAUGAUUAAAAAAGUGCCAUGUUUGCUGGCAUUGCCUUACCACCAUUUACAUCAUCUGUGAUUAUUUUUUGUGUGUUGAUGUAGUCUUUUGUAUGUUAAAUUAAAAACUAGUAAGUAUGCAUUUACGAUUCCUAACCUGACUUUUAAGUCAUUCCUUAAACAGAUGUUUUCCAUAGCUGUGAUUUUUGUAAAGAAUGUCAUUAAAAAAAGAAACAUGAGGCAAAAAACUUCAAAGGGCAAAGCUUUCAGAACUCUUAGUGCUGCAUUUUGUCAUGGCACGUGCCACGGUUUGGUUUGCUUUGCGUAUGCUAUGUAGCGGAUACACUGCUUUUAUUGAGCCUCAAUACCAUGACAGCCAUGAAUGGUAUUAGUUUAUGUGGGCACUACAAUACAGUUCAGGGAACCCUUUUGUUUUUGUUUUCUAUUCAAAUAUAACAAGGUUGUGAUGGGUUGUAAUGGUUGCAUACUGCAGCAUCAAGGAUCCGAGGUCCUUACUAGUUUGCUACAUGAAAUAAUGAAAUCCAAUGAUAUUGUGGUGCACUUAACUUUUUUUUAUACUAAACCUUAAGUAUAAAACAAAAUUUAGAAUAAAGCUAUUUUGAAUUUUGACAA